AUGAACGUGGAAGCUAAGGAGAGCUCUGUCGCUCCAGCGGGAGAUCAUGGUGGAGCCGUCCAGGAUCCCGCAGAUGUCCGCGAUCGGUUGGAACUUUUGAAGAAUAAGGCUAAUGGCGAAACUAACGGCGCUACGCCGAAUGGCACCAAAUCGACCAAUGCAAAGGAUCCGUCGAGACCGCGGAGGAAAAAGGCGCGGAGGGCUUGCUUUGCCUGCCAACGGGCGCAUUUAACCUGCGGUGACGAGAGACCGUGUCAGCGAUGUAUCAAGCGCGGUCUGCAAGACGCGUGCCACGAUGGCGUUCGGAAGAAGGCGAAGUAUCUCCAUGAUGCGCCGGAUGGAGCACUGAUGCCUGGAGUGGGUGGAAACUUCUACAAUCAUCCGAUGCGACACAACAUGCCGUUAUCGAGCAAUGGUGCCAAUGCAGUGAACGCGACAUCCCAGCAGAACUCAGGGGCCAGCUUCUAUCCCACUCCGCAAUCGAACCCCUACAAUGUCUAUCAGGAAUCCACCUUGAGCCAGAACUCCUUCCCCUCGCAAUCGCCCGUGUCGCCAACCUUCAACAUGAAAAACACUGCCACGGCUCGCAGUAAUAGCCUAUCUUCCUCCGUGAACCAACCGCAGUCCAACCCAGCCGCUUCUGGGCCCCCCAGCCAGAGUCAGAACCCGUUUGCAGGCCCAUUCUUUGAUCCGAGUGACCCGGCGCUCUUCAACUUUGAUCUCUCCAGCAUGAACUUUGAGAAUCGGUAUGGUGCCCUGGAGUUCGGCAUGCUUGGCCACAUGGCGACUGGUGCUGGAGAUUCACCUAGCGAGUCCGCAACCCAACGAGGAUCCAUCGGCCGGAGCGGCUCUGCCCAAUUCGCCACGACGCCUAUCACUGGGAAUCCCGGGUUUGGAGAGAGCCCCGGGAAUCAGCAGCCCUUCAUGUUUGGUAACGACCCGCUUCUGAAUGAAUGGCCGAACAACCAUCCCCCGGGCCAAGGUCACAUGAAUGUCGGCGGUGUUUACCCUCAAAAUAGCAUGAUGGCAGGGCAUCUUUCCAAGGCUGAUGCACCCCAUGCGUUCGCAAUUGAAAGCGGACCAGCUAGUUUCUCCAGCCCCAGUGCGACCACCAGCCCGCAUGUCAAUGGCGGAUAUGACGAGAAUGCGCUGAGCAAUGCGGUGGCACACAAGCCCAAUGGCCUCCCGACGAACGGACAACGGCCGGCGAUCACGACGCCUCGCUUAAAGCAUCAGAGCCUACAAUUGGGAGUCAAACGGCGCCACCGAAAUCCAUCCACCGUAUACGAGAGUGUCAAAGAACCAUAUGCCUAUACCAACCGCUUCCAUAACCUGACAGCCUUCAUCCAGCGGCGUUUCUCUUCGCAAAAGACUUUACAAAUCGCCAAAGCAUUAGCAUCUAUCCGCCCCUCCUUCAUCGCCACAACGAAGACGCUCAAUCGGGAUGAUUUGAUCUUCAUGGAGAAGUGUUUCCAGCGGACCCUUUGGGAAUACGAAGACUUUAUCAACGCGUGUGGGACGCCAACGAUUGUCUGCCGACGGACCGGAGAAAUCGCAGCCGUCGGCAAGGAGUUCAGUAUCCUCACUGGUUGGAAGAAGGAUGUGCUUUUGGGCAAGGAGCCGAACCUGAACGUCAACACGGGGGGUACGUCGAUUCCGCAAUCCGGCACCAGUUCGCGCGGCAGCUUUACCCCACGCAUUUCUACGCUGGAACAGGCGAAUCCUGCGCGCCCUCAACCGGUGUUUCUUGCAGAACUUCUGGAUGAUGACAGCGUCGUGGACUUCUACGAGGACUUUGCGCGACUUGCAUUUGGUGACUCGCGCGGCAGCGUCAUGACCACAUGCAAAUUGUUAAAGUACAAGACCAAAGAGGACAUGGAGCUGGCACAAUCCGAUGACAACCAGAGGUGGAACAAUCACCUGCGCAAAGGCGGGAUUGCCGGCGAGGCGGGCAUGAAUCAAUUAGGUUUCAAGGAUGGCAAAGUCGAAUGCGCAUACUGCUGGACAGUGAAACGAGACGUAUUCGACAUUCCCAUGCUUAUUGUGAUGAAUUAUCUCAUACCCUCGGAUGGAUUCAAAAGUUCGAUCCCGUUUUGA